AUGAAUGUUAAAGGGAGACUGGAGACACUCAGAUUGGAGUAUGCAGGGGAGAUCAGAAUCAAACCAGGACUAAGAAAAUAUGCGUGUGAUCUCACACUGGACCCAAACACAGCAAACACACGUCUCACUCUGUCUGAGGGGAACAGAAAGGUGACGUGUGUGGAGGAGCAGCAGCCAUAUUCUGAUCAUCCAGAGAGAUUUGACUGUGUGCAGGUUGUGUGUAGAGAGAGUCUGACUGGACGCUGUUACUGGGAGGCUGAGUGGAGUGGGAGGGCUGAUAUAUCAGUGACAUAUAAAGGCAUCAGGAGGAAAGGAGGCAGUAGAGAAUGUUGGUUUGGAUGUAAUAUAAAGUCCUGGAGUCUAAUCUGCUCUAAUAACCGAUACACUGUCAGUCACAAUAAUAAGAGAACUGCCCUCUCUACCCCCUGCAGCUCUAACAGAGUAGGAGUGUAUCUGGACUGGGCUGCAGGCACUCUGUCCUUCUACAGCGUCUCUCACACACACACACUCACACACUUACACACAUUCCACUCCAGAUUCACUGAGCCCCUCUAUGCAGGGUUUGAGGUUUGGAUUCCUGACUACUCAGUGUAUGUGUGUGAGCUAGAAUAGCCUCCUGUGUCCUGGAGGAACACCUGAGUCUGCAGGGAAACACACAC